UUCAGUUUACAAAUGAUAGCGCACGUAGAGACAAGGAAACAACACAAGAGGAAAACGUUGAACAUGGCGUCCGUACUUCAAGCUUUGUGCAUGCUUUUCAUACUCGCCGCCAGUUGUGGAGGUAGGGAUGACCAUUGCUAAUGUGUGUGAUACACGUCUUUUGUUAAUGUUGAUGUCAUAUACUGUAUUCUGCACAGUUUGCGCAUGAAUAGAUGAAUAUAUAAUAAUGUCUGUCACUCUGUCGUCGUCUGUUGUAUAUUUCAAGCUCUAUUCUGUAUUGUUGAGAAAUAGAAAUGGCCGUGCCUCGUUCCGUCAUCGCUACAACAUUAGAAACGCAUGUAAAACACUUGCUUUGGUCGCGCGCCAGAAAUAUGACGGGAUUUAGUUUAAUGCGCAAAGCUGCAGUGAGACGAACAAAGGAGAGUCGGCCGAACUUACUAUAGUUAUCUUUCUUUGUGUAAACAUGGGUAUUAUAGUAAUGCGAAAACCUAGUUGAAUGUGUGUGUUGUCCCUUUCAUAUUUUGCUUACUGAUUUAGUCCCAGUAUCUAAGUUCGUACUCGUAUAAAUUUAGAAUAUAUAUAAUUUGCGCAAUAUGAUACAUCGCUCACUGUGACUGUGACUGUGACUGUGACUAUGGCGUGAGUUUAUUUUAGCAAAGUUAAGAACAGUAAACCACCAAUGCUUGAAAUUUGUAAAACGUUUUAAAGAUCGUAUCAAGGAAAGGUUUUGAAAUAAAACAACGUGGUCUCUGGCAUGUAAAGGUGACAAUAUUUCAAUGGCCACCAGCUGUCGUCGCUCCAGUAUGUAGAUGGCCACGAUAAUUGUUUUCCGGAGACCAUUUGGAAUGAUUUGAAAAGAAAUUAAGUAGUUGGCGUCAGAAUUUCCAAUGUCUCAUGAUCUAACUUUGCAUUCAUUGCCUGUGACCACAAAGAUAAGAAAUGUUCUUUGCGACCUUGACAGAAAUUUGAGCUUAUCUUCGCAUUGUUUAUAGCAGCUUCGAUUGUUUCCACGUGGUGAAGUUUCGUAUUGCCAGAUGGCCUUAUCGGUUAAAAUUUAGCCAUCGGAAAAAAUCCAUUAGUCUAAUUUUAUUCCUUUAUCGUCUUAACUUAGGUGACUAUUUUAAUCAUGUACUGCGGUGUCAUUUUACAGCCAUUUCAGUUCUUUAUUCAUUUCUUCACUUAUUACCUGCAGACAUCAGGUCUGACUCAUGCCUUCAUUGCGGUAUCCAAUGAGGAGUUAUUAUAUAGGGAAGUAAUUAUUUGUUUGCAUAGGGAAGAAAUAAUUUAUUUCCCAACAAGGUGAAGAAUGUUUUCAUUAUCACUAAAGAGUGUAGUUUGUUUACAUAAUUGAUUUGAUAGAACAAUUAAUUGGUUAUUUUUCCUCUAAUAUUCCGCAUAGUUCUCUGUCUUUAAUAACGUGAUGUUUUAGACGAGAUGGCGAGCCGCAUGCAAGGUUACACGUCAUCUCGAAGAUGAACUGAUAACUACUAAAUGAAAAAAAGCACAUGAAUGAGUACCAAUGACAUUUUAUGACGCAUGGUAAUGAUAACACAAUAUGAUAAUACAUUGAAUGCUGUUUUCGAAAGUUUACGGUAUGAAAGAGUUUCUCGAGGAGUUUCUGACAACAGUUAGCCCUGAAAUAUCAAUUUUGAAGACAGGCAUUCACUUGUGAUGUGAAUGCCACUCAUCACUAAGUCAUCAGUGGUGUGCGAGUUGCGGAAUUGACAACUGUUGGCAAUAAUUUGUGCAUAUCAUUAUAUGCAACUCAUUAGUUCAAUCAGCGAUAAAAUAAACCAUGUCCGUUCAACACUUCCGACAACAAUUUCCCACGAAGUUGGCGAUUCCCAUCAAGUAAUAUAAUACAGUCAGUGGUCAUCCACAUCAAAGGUGUAACCAGGUUUUCCAGUCCAAGGGGUGGGGGUGGGGGUCCACAGACACAGCAUGGUUCAACGCGCAUGUUUAUAAAAUCUGUUAGAAACUCCCAAUAUAUGCAUUCAAUGUAACUAAUUUACCACAUUUAUUUGGUAGCAGAGUCAUGGAUCACACUUCAUUGAAUUACCAAACAACCUGAUACACUGGUUUAAAAUGUGACUAAAUAAAAAUUUCUAACCUGAAAUAAUUAAUACAUUAUAUAAACAUAUGUUUUAUGACGAUGGAUUAAAUUUGGGAGAAUUAUCAGCAGGCGGCGGCCCCACUCUGACUUAAACUACUGAUCCAUUCGAGAGAUUUUGAGGAUGUUCCAUCGGAUCAUGACGGGAUUAAUUUCAAAAAGGUGCCUAAACCUAAGAAAGAUGGUUUCGAUGAUUACUUUUCAAUGAUUUCUUUUAACAAAUUAAUUUUAUUAUAAAUUUUCGAACAUAUCUUAACCUUUUACUAUAGACAGUCGCCGCAAUGCCGCACUCGGAUUUGAAAUAAUUUGAGGGCGAAAAACGUUGAAAUAUGAGUAUCUAUAUACUGUAUAGAGAGCAAAAUGAAGGCCAAUUUCUACGAUGCUCCUAAAGUCCUAAUCAUAUUUACUCUGUAGUAUUAAUACAAAUACUCUUUAAUUUCAAUGCUAUUGAUUUGACUUUGUGCUGCAUGCGCUCAGAUAAUUUCAAUUGCAACAUAAAAGGGUCUUGAAAGGGUAGAAUGAGAACUUGAAAUUGUCUUUUUUGGACUGGGAAAGUGAGAUUUACUGAACUGGGAUUUAACCACUGGGAAAGGGAUAAAAAAAUUUGGAAAUGGGAAUGAGAUUUCUCUACUUGAAUGGCCUCCGACUCUAUUAUUCGAUACAACUGCUUAAAGUCCUUUAAUUAAUAAUCCUAUUUUUUUAAUAAAAAUAAUAAAAUUCUGUAAUAGUAGACCUUAGAAAAACACAUCGAAACACAUUUUUCGCCAGAUCUCGCCUUCUUGAGCAAGCCUAGCCACCGCGUUCUUACAAUGUUUUUAAUUCAUUAUAUACAUAAUUUUUUUUAAUAUCCACUAUAUGGAUGAGAUUUUAGAUUUCGUAUAACUGGGAUUUGGACCGAAAUUUAUAGGCUGGGCAAAUAAGGUUGGGAACUGGGAUUUGGACGAGUCACGACCCUUACAUAAAAAUAACAAAUAAAAUUAUUUCAAUUUUGCUGGAUAAAAUAAAUUUUCCAUGUUCAUAAUAAUAAAAAUAAGUUCCAUGUUCCAAAAUGCUCAAUACUACUUAUUGGGAUGGUAAAAUAUUAUGAAGUAAAGGUCGAUGUAUACUACUUAUUGGGAUGGUAAAAUAUUAUGAAGUAAAGGUCGAUGUACACUACACAACUUUUGCCUAAAACUGUCACAUGUAACCAUUGAACUAUAAAUAAACUGGAAGGCUAACUGCUAUGAUGAAGGCCUAUGAUUUGAUGAAGCCGACAUAGUUUUUCUGAGUUAUGAGCAGAAAUACUUGACCCCAAACGUUGGGCUAUAUAUCAAAUUGAAGCUAUUGAAAAUUGCUAUUCGGUGUGGAAAUUUCAAGACUUCAGGAAAAGAAAAAAUAUUUAAAAAAUACAAAAACAACUGCAAAACGGCAAAUUUUCGGUAAUUAUGUUUGUAAUUUUUCAAUAUUUCCCUUUUAGCUAAAGUCUUGAAACUUCUCUAAAAAUACAAUAGCUUCAAAUUUGAUAUGGACUUCUCCGUCAGUAUGACGAAUAUUGCGUGGACUUCUGUGUAGUAUUCCGUGUACAUCAAGCACAUAACUCAGUGCUUGACUUACACAGUACAACUCGAGUUGUAAGCAGGGGUUGCAUGCGACAGUUUUAGGCAUAAGUUAUGUAUUGUAAAUCGGCCUUAAGUUGGUGUGUAAAAAUAGCUUGAUAGAAACCACAUUUUUUGUACAUUUUAGGAAACAAACAAACCCCUAAACAAAGAUAUCUGUUCGUAUCAUACGGUCAUUCCGUUCAAAUCGAUUGUUCUCUGAGCGAAUCUGAUGUUAAUGUGACGUUGUAUCUUAAACGAUUCAGCACACAACCCACCAAAGUUGUCAUUGACAAUGUGAAAUGGAGACAGAGGAAAGGCGUUUUUACCAUGACAGUAACACAACCAUUAGAUGGUGGAGAAUAUAUAUGUAAAGCAAUCAAUAUAACUGGGCAUGAGAGAAUUACGAAGGAACUAACAGUCAUUCCGAUAGCUGCACCGACAAAUGGUAAGUGAAGAUCGUAACUGACUGUUUAGUUAGUUUUCCCAAACAUUUCUUACAAAUCUUUCAAAACUUAAAAUUUACCUAUGCAAAAUUCGUACUGUGAUUACAGAAAACCAUCUUUUAAGAAAGAAGGGUACUUUAGUUAGAAAAGAAACUCUGAUCGCGCACGCAGUUCGCGCUUAAAUAUUUCAACUUUCAAGAAAAGUCACAUGCAUACAGAGUAGUACAUGUCUGCCUCGAGCGAGUUGCUUUGUAAAGAAGACAGUCUCUCGGUACUACUCUUCUGUGAGGCGCAUUCUCUCACUCAACGACAAAUAAUUUCGCGCUAUAGGAAUCGGGAAUAACCGUUGACCAUGCAUAUGAGCCGCCUGCGUAACGAAUCUCUUAGGAUUUGAACAGCAUAUAAGAAGACCUGCUUAAUAUUGCCCAGGCUUGCGUUUAGAUAUUUUCCCUGUGACUGCUUGCAUAUUUAUCGGUAUUUUACUUGUCUAAUAAAACAAUGUGAAAUCAAAAAUAUUUAUUGGAUAAUGUUCCUUACACCAGGAUGCAAGGAAGUGUUAUCAGCCUUAUAUACUUACAACAUUCGUUUUAUUUUAUCGAUAUAUUAACCUAAUAUCUCGUCCUAAAUCGCUUAUUUAUCUAAAAUAAUAUCCUUUUCAUACCAUAACUGUACGUAGGACGUCACUUUAUAAUAUUCAUCUUGACAGUUGCAGGGCGUCAUAAUUUUCCCCGUUAUAUUUACACCAUCAGGUGUGCUCGCAACAAGCUUGUAGCACGUUGUAACAAGGUUGGCUUCCACUUUAUGAAGUUGCCAUUUUUAUUAACAGAUAAACUCAAGGUAGAAGUCAAACCACCAAGUCUGUCGUUACAAUAUGAAGAUAAUGCAAACAUAAGUUGCAGUGCUUUGGGCAAGAGAAAACUCAAGUGGUACAAAAUUGGUUUAGGUGAACAAAUGACAGCUGUGGAUAAGAAGGAUUUAAUAAAUGAUGAUCAUUAUGAUACAGAUGGUGGAUCCCGGAUAUACCACAGCAGACUUAUCUUGUCAAUCAAAGACGCAACCAAGAAGCAUGCUGGGAGAUACAAAUGUGUUGCCAAAUCAAAUAAUCAGAAACGUGAGGAAUUCGUUGUGAUCAGCGUAAGAGGUGAAUUAAAAUGUAGUAAUACAAUUACAAGGAGAAACGUCCAAAGGAGAGCUAGUCAAGAAUUCGCUAAUAUAUACUAGGACCAUUGUUUAAAACUAGAACCAGCCGACAACUUAAGGAAAUAAAGUAUAAAACAAAAGCUGAAAAAUGAAAACAGGAUAUGGAAACAAGACACAAACUUAAAUGGUUAUAUUUUCAUCCUAUUACAUGGUGAUUCUGUAUAUAAACAGAGCUGCUGUGGGAUAUACUCAUUGAAUUUCAAUCGGAAAAUGACAUCAGUCCGAACACAAUUGACGACAAAUAGAGAGUUCCAUAGGAAAUAUAUUAUUCCCUGCAUGCAAAUUGCAGAUUAUGGCAUGCGUUUGAAAAGAAAACACAUGAAUUUCAUUCCUUUUUCUUAUUAAAAAUGAUCAAAUAAAAAUGACAUAAUUUUAUCCUUUCAUUUAACAGAUCCCAAAAAGCCAAGUAUACGUAACUUUCCACCGGUGGUGAUAGCAAGUGAAGGUAUCACUAUCACGUUAAAAUGCAAAACUAAGGGAAGUCCCAGACCUAAAAUCACGUGGUACAAAGACGACGAACUUUUGGGUAUUUGUGAGGGCGGGAAUUCACGAAAAUGCCAAUCCUUUACGAAAAUUAAGAGUGACUUCAAGAAGAACUCCAUAACACUGUAUCAGUUAUCGUACACAAGAAACAACGGAAAAUACACUUGUGAAGUUGAGAAUUUUAUGGGAAAAUUUAGUUCGUCAGCGAGAAUGACUAUUUUCAGUAAGUAUGCGUUCCACUAGAGUAUUUGCUAAAAUCCCAUAGUACAAAGACGACGAACUUUUGGGUAUUUGUGAGGGCGGGAAUUCACGAAAAUGCCAAUCCUUUACGAAAAUUAAGAGUGACUUCAAGAAGAACUCCAUAACACUGUAUCAGUUAUCGUACACAAGAAACAACGGAAAAUACACUUGUGAAGUUGAGAAUUUUAUGGGAAAAUUUAGUUCGUCAGCGAGAAUGACUAUUUUCAGUAAGUAUGCGUUCACUAACUGUAUUUGUUUUACCCAUAGUCAUAUGAGGAAAUUUGCAUAAAAUUUCUCGUCGUAGUGGUCUUUUUAGUAUCCUUGAUUGUGGGGGCAGCUGCCCCAACAAGAUUACAAAGUCAAAAAGUCGGGCAAAUGUUCAACAAAAGUCGGGCAAAAGUCGGGCAAAAAGUAAUCAAAACAAGAAAAUCUCUCUUAAUAAUAACCGCAGUUUGUUGGGCAAACAAAGCCAGUUGGGCAAUAUUCGCUUCACAGUCGGGCAAUAUUUGGUUAUUAUAAAAAUAAAUGGGACAAAUUCUGUAAAUUUUGUGGGAAAUUAUGUUAAAUUUUUGAUUUUUGAGAAAAUUUGUUUGAUUUUCCGAAAAAUUUUGGUAUGUCCGAAAAAUUUUUGGCCCCCUAAAAUGGUACACUGACCGAAAUUUUUUUGACGACGGGGGGGGGGGAUUUUUUCGGCACUUGUCGGGCACAAUCCGAAAAAGUCGGGCAAAUUUCUUUCUGCCCCCCCUAAUUUUUCCUUCCCGUACGCCUAUGUGUGCAUUUGUGGAUGAUGACGCGAGAGGCACUUUAUGAGUUAGCACGCUGCUAAAUAUCCGGGCAUUGAUGAACCAGGUGGCUGGGGAAACCGGAAAGGUCUUACUUUACAUUUUCCUUGGGGGAUGCUAUACUACCGAUAUGAAUGUUACACUAAUAUGCAAUAGAGAUACUUUAAGAUUUGAAGACAAAUAUUGCAUUUUGCUACUUCUCUCUUAUUUAGUAUUUAUAGAUGUUGACUGAUUUAUCUCUUUACAGGCAAGCCAGUUUUGUCCAAACGUUCCGAUACAAACCAUAACAAAGUUGUACCAGUCCAAUACACACGAAAGCCAGCAGCUAUACUGCAGUGUAAUCUAAUCAGCGGUGAUCCAAAACCUGAGAUAACCUGGGAGUUUCAGUCUUCCAACUGUCUGAAGAACACAUUUGCAUGCAGGCCGAGUGGCGAGUGGAAGAAAUUUGAUAAUGGUCUAAAGGAAAAGGAACAGUUUGUCGUUGCACCGCCAUUUGGACCUGGGUUCUACCGAUGUGUGGCAACAAACAUGGUGGGCAGGGAUCAGCAAAUAUUUGCUGUGAGGAAGUUGCCCAAUGGCUCUUCUCGGCGCCGUAGGUUUCGCUAGAUAUGUACCCCCAUUCUAAUAUCUAGAUUCAGCUCAGUUUACUAAGGGUGGAACAGUAGAUACGUCACAUACACAACUGAUAUAUCAAGCCACAUAUACACUUUAUGUUCACCUAUAUACACCUCGCACAGUUUACCAUUCUAACGUCCUGAUGAACAAUUACAGUAAACCUUAAAUUGUAAAAUAUAACAGAACUUGUUUGUGCCUUUUUGCAUUAUUUGAAAUGACAGUAAUUCGAUCACGAUUACGCAAUAUCAACCAAUUUAAGUUCCAGUUAGUCAUUUCACCCUGCACCAGGACCUGAUUGUCUUGUGUGCAAUCCAACGUCUAUAAUGAUAACGUUUAACAUAGGGUUUACUCGUGUAUACCUUCAAACAUUUCGAACGUUCUGUCAUAUACAACACCAUUAGAUUCUAUAAGCAUUAUUUUAAGAAAUGUUUGUAUUACGCAGGUAUAAGGUGAUGAAUUGUAGUAAUAAUAAUAUAUUCAUAAAAGACGAGAAGAUUAUAUAAGAGACAAAUUGUUGAAACGUCAUAUAUUUUAUUAUUUGUAAAUAUUACGGAAAUAUACUUAGGGUUAGAACUGGUUAGAAUAUUAAUUAUAUAAUGGAACAUAUAUGUUUAGAUAUUAUUUAUGGUCUUGAAAAUUGCACAUCUCAUUAAAUAUAGACUAUAUAUAGUGAGGUUUUUACAGCGUCGCAAGAUUAAAAAUAACAGUCAUGUGCCAUUAAGAAAUGCCACUUUACUGUUAUAUCUACGCCAUGUCUUUUUAUUAACUCAAGUUUGUAUGGAGGUUAUAGGUCUGGGUAGGAAAUUGGUAUAGCCAUGGAAAUUGAAAGUUUCAAGGUCGUAUUUACACUGCAUGCAAGUCUGGCUUUGAGUUUAGCCCAAUUUGGCUAAUUCUGAUUGGCUAUGUAAACCUCUAGGGUUAGGGUUAGGGUUAGGGACCAAUCUGUGAGGAAAAAACAGUCAAGAUACCGUUUCCAACAAGAGCAAAUAAGAGCGAAUCUCUGAAAAAUCGAUAAAAUCAAAGACUGUAAAUUUUGUAAAUUUGGCACUGAAUAAAAGAUCUAAUGACUUUGGA